AUGCUCGGAAUCGGAGGCCGGCUAUCUGCCAUUAUUCCCAUUAUCGCCUCGGCCGUCGCCGUCGCGCUCUCCAUUGUCCUACUUGCAGCCGGGACAAACACGAGCAAUGGAGGAGACAACUACUGGUUGUCGCUGAACACGUCAAAGAUCGGGCAAGACAUCAUCAGGAUCCAGGCGGCGAACAACACGAACAACGGAAACGGAAACGGCAACGGCGGCGGGAGCCUCAUCCCCGGCCUUCCCGGCCUCCCUGCGCCGAACGAUCCGACGGGCAUCACCCAGGGCCUCGGCAACGUCCUGGGCGGCCUGCUCGGCAACCUCACCAACGCCAUCGGCGAUGGAGUCCAGGACAUCCAGGGCCAGCUCGUCGGCAACCUGACGCAGCUCCUCGGCGUCAAGGACAACUACCGCCUCUACCUCACCAAGAUGUGCGAGGCCACCUACGCCGACGACAACAACCCCAAUAGCAAGGUCACCAUCAACAAUUGCGAGAGCUACGAUAACAAGGGAUCGGGCCUGAAGAAUAUCACCAACUCCAUCCCCUCGUCCUUCGUCGUCGGCACAGCCAACGUCUCCGUCCCGCUCGUUUCCGCCAUGUCCGGAACCCUCGACCAGAUCGUCAACCUCGCCAGCGGAGGCGCCAAGGCCAUGGUGGCCCUCCUCGCCAUCGGCACGAUCUCCACAGGCAUCGUCCUCCUCGCGACCCUGCCCAUCAUCCUCGUCGGCUUCCUCCGCGUCCUCGUCCUCGUCUCCGUCAUCUUCUCCCUCAUCGGCUCCUUCGCCCUCCCGGCCUUCGCCAUAGUCACGACCGCCCUCAUCUACGGCGGCAAGAGCAUGCUCAAUCGCCCGCUGGACGCUUUCGGCAUGCAGAUCCAGACCGGCGGGCCCUUCGUAGCCAUGGCCUGGGUCGCCGCCGUGGCGUCCAUGGCCGCCGCGACGUACUGGUUCCUGGUCUGGUUCGUCAGCUUCCGCCGCACGGCGUUCAGCAGGCGCAAGCGCACAGAGAACGAGAUCGGCAACUGGAGGGGCAUCUUCCGCGAGGUCAAGGGCGACCUGAGGACGUGGGAGGGAGGAGAGAAGUAG